AUGUGGGGCCAAAAUGAAGUUCACAGUAUCAUUGGUUUCCGUAUGCACUUCCUCCAGAUCCUCUCGAAAUCGUUGUUAGCAAUAUAUCACACCGUCCGCGUGGACGUUACAGCGACAUCAGAUGGCCUGACUGUCCAGACAGCACAGGGGCCAGUUUCAGGUACAUUGGUCACCCCAAGUGUUCGCCAAUUCCUAGGAAUACCGUAUGCAGUAGCGCAACGCUGGGAAGCACCGAAUAACCCACCUAACCGCACAUCUGUUCUCAAGGCCACAAAUUACAGUUUUACCUGCCCACAGAAUCUUUCUCCGAUCUAUAAAGGGAUCUUAUUGGUCGCGGGAGGGCAAGGUAUUGAUGUACCAGAAUCAGAGGAUUGCCUGACGGUCAACAUAUGGGCUCCAAGUGUAAAGAGGCAGCAAAAAACGGCAGUACUCAUCUGGAUAUACGGUGGCGGGUUUCAAUUUGGCUCAAGCAAUCUACCUGAGUACGGUGGUGAACACUUCGUAAAUGAUCACGACGACAUCACCGUGGUGACAUUCAACUAUCGUAUGAACAUAUUCGGCCAACCAAACUCGCCACAGCUUGCGAACAGGACGUUAACGCAAAACUUUGGCCUGCUUGAUAUCAAUGCAGCUAUUCAUUGGGUAUAUGCAAAUAUUGGUGCCUUUGGGGGCGAUCCAGACCGUAUCACCAUCUUUGGGCAGAGUGCCGGAGCCUUUGCAGUCGAGGCUUAUACAUACGCCCAUCUUAAUGACACCAUCGUGAAAGGUGCCAUCGAACAAUCUGGAAAUCUUGGAUUCGCGACAAGUGGUUUACUCGUCAGUCCAGCCAUUGACGGAACAUGGAAUACUUUAGCCUCAAAAGUUGGGUGUGGAGCCGUUCCUGAUGCCGCUCAGCUGGCUUGUAUGAAAGCUGUACCCUUCCGUACAUUGGAAGAUAUAAUUAUACAAUCGGGAUUAACGUUCAAUCUGCUCUUCGAUAACAUUACCAUUUUCUCGGACAUCCCAGAGCGCGCCAAAGCUGGAAAGUUUUUGAAAGUGCCGUUGUUGGGAGGCAGCACCGCUAACGAGGGGGAUAUUCUCACCGUAGCCGCUGAAGUGGCUGGACUGUCUCCGCCAGCUUCCCCCUUCGUUUCUGAGAUACUUUCAGAUGUGCAAACCCAGGUCAAUUUUACGUGCCCUGCAGGCUCUGCCGCUCAAGAUCGUGUCAAUGCAGGCGUUCGAACCUGGCGCUACCAAUACCAGGGUGUAUUCCCCAAUAUCUCUCCACGCCCGGACACUAGGGCUUAUCAUCUCGCCGAAAUACCUAUUAUUUUCGGGACGUACAGAACGAUAAAUCCAUCUAUUCUCAUUACGCCAAAUGAAAUCGCGCUUUCCAAGUAUAUGCAAGGUGCCUGGGUCGCUUUUGCAAGGAAUCCCGGCCGGGGGUUGAUCGACUACGGAUGGCCUCUGUACGACGCCACGACGAACACCACGGUGGUUCUCGGAAAUUUCGUAAAUCCAACGGGGAUGGAGUUCACCAAAGGAACAAUUUUGGAUUCGACCUGCGGAAAUAUAACCCAACUCCUGGACUUUGCAGCUCUGGUUUCAAGCGCCUAG